AAAAAAACUAGAACAUCUUAACCAUGUGAUUUUAAACGCAUUCUCCUUUACACGUUGUUUGUUCUUGGUUAACGCUUGUGUUUUGCCAGGGUUAAAGUAUAGCAUAAAAUGAACAGUGAAACGUGCUUUUAGCUUGGUUUAUGUUCUAAACAACAUGCAUAACCAAUUUCUGCUAUGGAUGUGUGUUACAACCAAAUACGUUGUUUCAGCGUUGUCUUUGCAAAGGGCUGAGGGCAGGAAGUCAAGAGAUGCUGAUGUCAAAUGUCAAAUACCGGCUUGAAUAGAUGCAUUCCCAUGGGGAAAACAGUCUUUCCUUUUAGUGCUUUUGUCUAUCUGUGAAACUCGAUAGCUAUUUCCAAUGAAAAUAAAUCCCUGUUUGCUUAAUUCAUUGUAUAAUAAACUAUCAUUUAAACAGGCUUCAUGCGAGUAUUUUUCUGAAAUCAGUGAAGUUAUUUGAAAACAGGGACGAAAACAAAACUCCAAUCUUCUGUAAACACGUUUUAUGAUCCCAGUUUAAUUCAGUGCUUUAUUUUAUUUAUUUUUAUUUAUUUAUUUAUUUAUUUUUACAUAAAUAAUAGCUAACAAAACAUUUCUUAAAUAGCGUUCUGUGAAUAGGACACAUAGCAAGACAGGGUCUAUUUGAAGUCGGGGUCCCUUCCUUUACAAGAGUCCCAUGUUUCCUCACUUAAAUGAAAUUUUGUUUUUAUCUCUCAGCCACACCCUUACUCCAAAUCUUGUCAUUUCCUCUCUGCGUGGAAUUGUGAUGAUAUCAGGUCUUUCCUAUUUCCGGAUCCCGGAAUAAUGGACAGCAGAAUGAUUUGGGAUUUAGAGGUUACCAGUGUCAACAUUGUUUAAAAUGCAGCAGAUUGAAGCUGAGGGAACACAAAGCCACUUUGUGGCUUGGAACUUGGUUUCAGGAGACUAGGUUUCAGGCCACAGCACGGCACACCAGGGGAGACUUGAGGUUUGAUGCGGCAAAGUUUCCACAAGUUAGGUCUCCCGGUAUCAUGGAACUAGGUUUUAAGACAAAUGUUCCUGUAAAAGUGGCUUUGUGUUCCCUCAGCUUAAGAUUUACUCUAUCCCAUUAUAUUUGAAUAUAUGUCACAAGGUGUAUUUAGAAAUGAAACACAUACACAUGAUCUUGAGGUGUGCUAAUAGAUUUGCACACUACUGUACAUCUGUCACUGCUGUUGCACUGGGAUUUCCUGUCUACAUUAUAUUCAAAUCCUGCUUUUUUUAUGAGCAUCUUUGUAGGUUUUUUUUUCUUUCGGCUGCAUUACAAUGUAAACUGCUGUGGCUGAUCAGAAAAACCCUAACAAUGCCCAAUGAUAUGCUUUUUUGAAGACGUGUUAUUUAAAACGCAGGCACCACUUAGUUUCCCCUCCUGUGAUCAAAGCAGUGAAACUAAUGACUUGUUUGCAUACAUCCACAGAUUCCCAUGGAGAGGGCCCAUCUUUCUUAUCGGAUAAGAGUGGGUUGGGAUCCCAGUCCUAUUCUGAUCUGUACUGUGGCUUUACCAAGGAUCUGCACCUAUACGACUCAAAAGUUUCUCUGAAUGAUGCUUCUUUGUUUGACCUGGAUACCUACUCAGAUCCCUCGUACUGGACACAAUAUGGAGCUGGAGUAAAAAGUUUAGACCUCAAUCAGAGUUACCAGGAGCCUGACUUCCUGAACCAAGCCUACCAGACCUUGCUUCCUGUGGGCCAGAGCGUGAUGCAGAGAGAGUACAACUUACCACCUUCUGUGGGCCAGCCUUCUCAUGGAAUUGGACAGGGGUGUAGCCAGUACCUUCCCCUACAGCAGGAGACUCAGCUCGGCAGAAACAGCAGCAUGGACCGGGAAGAUUUAGGCUGUGCAGGGGAGCGGGAUUACUCACAUUGCAGAAUGGUUUUCAAACAAGAAGAUAACCAGUCCUGGAACGAUUACCUCUCACCUGAACACUGCCACCCACAGGCAGACUAUGGCAUAGCACCUCCUGCAGCGGCACAGCUCUGCCACCGUGUGGCUAAACAUGAAACAACAGGGUUCUCCAUGCAGAGGCACUGCCCUGAGUCCCGGGCGAUGGGAGUGACAGCAUAUACAGGUUCUGGACCCAUUCAUCUCUGGCAGUACCUGUUAGAGCUCCUACUGGAUGAGUCCUGUCAGCCUUUCAUCAGCUGGACUGGAGACGGCUGGGAAUUCAAACUAUCAGACCCAGGCGAGGUUGCCAAGCGCUGGGGGAAAUGCAAGAACAAGCCGAAGAUGAACUACGAGAAGAUGAGCCGGGGAAUGAGGUACUACUACCACAAAAACAUCAUCCACAAAACUGGAGGCAAGCGGUACGUCUACAGAUUCGUCUGUGACGUGCAAAGCAUGCUGGGGAAGUCUGCAGAGGAACUGCACGCCAGUCUGAACGUGAGAAGCAAACUGUCCUCCAGUCCUCAGCACUAGUGACACUGUGAAGACAAGAGGAUACUGCAUCCUGAUAUCACUGAGAGAGGAUCGGAUUUUCAGGACUGAAUAAAUUCGUUGAUUGUGUGGUUAUAGCACCCCCUGCUGGUCAGACUGUUUUGGUUCACAUGGAUUGAUAACAAAAGGUCAGCAAGGCAUCUUCUGUUUCUGUAAACCAGUGGCUGCCAAAGCUAUCUCUUCCACAUCUGGUAGUUGUUCCAGCUCUGUUCUAAAUGGUUCAGUUGAACCAAUUAAACCUCCAUUCAAACCUUGAAGCUGUGCAUUAUUUCAUUUUACCUGUUAAACAAACUGGAAUGGAAUGAUCUUCAGAACCAUGGUUGGUCACCCCUGUUUUAAAUGGACCGAACCCUUAAAGGACCAGUUUCGUUUUUUCUUUUUUUUUUUUUUUUUUUUUUUUUUUUUACUAGAUCUCUCAAGGACUUCAAUCAAUAAAUAUAAAAACAAAAUUUAAAAAAAAAAAAAAAAAAAACACCAAAUUUUUAUAGUGUAGGGAAUGUAGUCAUUGCUUGAAGGACCCAAGAAACUGAUUCAGAUAUGCCCAGACAAGACAGCAAACAUUCCCAGCCUGAAUUGUUUCACACCAGAAGGAAGUAACACAUGGGGCUCAAAGCAGAUAAGACACUGUAUUGGUUCUGCACCUAUGCUACUUCUAUUCCAUAAUGAAUUUUAAUGAGUGACAAUCAUUCUUAAAGCAUUGUGGAGCAGCAUGCGCUCCACAGAAAAGUGCCUCAAUCUUUAAACUUUUUCACUUUUGCAUACAGAGGAUUUUACAACAAUGCAACACUUAAGAAAAUUAGAAAAUAUACGAACGAGAGAAGGUCCAUCUAAGCUUGUCCAGUUCCUAGCAGCUGAUUGAUCUCAGAACUUUAUCAAGUUGGGUCUUAAAAGUUCCAAACUGAUUCUGCCUCAGCAAUAUGACUGGGUAGCCCAUUCCAUACCCUCACCACUCUCUGUGUGAAGAAGCAUCUCCUUCCCUCUGUCCUAUGUCUAUCUUUACCUAAUUAACAAUUGUGUCCUGGUUUCUCUACUGCGUUUAAACUAUUUGGUAUAGGCUAAAAAAAUUCAGAUCAUUUAGCCUUAAAAUAAGAAAUAUUGUUUUAUAUUACUUAAUUGUUUUUUAUAUUUCGAGUCCUGUUGCUCUAAAAUUAAAAAUUAAAAUUGAGUUGCUAGAAUUUAGUUUCUAAAUUUGCCUUUACCUGGGUUUGAGCUUGAGAAUCCUAAAUGCCGGCACAAAACAGCCUUCUUUAUUGCAAUCAAAUAAUAUGACAUUGGCUAUGUUUAUAAGAACUUUCUCUGCCAUCAAUGCACUAUUGCCUAAUUAAUUUUUUAUGAAGUGGAUGAUGUAAAUUGUUAUGACCAGGCUGUGUUGACUUACAGCAUUCUGGAACAUUCACUAUGGAAGGGAGAGAGCAAAAAAAUCCUUAAAUGUACUGGAACCGCGACAAGAACACAAAGAAAUCUAAUUCUCAAAUCCUUGACUUGUCUUAAAAGCGCAUUUAAAAAUGUUUAGUGAUUUAAUGAAUACGUAUUUCACAUCCUGUUGCAGUUUUAAUAAUGUUUAUUUUAUAAAUGUUUGUUUGGCAAUACAAAAAAACUUUAAUUUAACAACUAAAAAUGUGCUGAUCUUGGAUGCUUUAUUGUCGGUGGGGUCUAACUAGAGUAUUGUAUAAUCAUAUCACAAACUCCUGAGGUCUGCAUGUCACACUGUUUGUAAUACAGCCUUACGUUCUAUUUGCUUUUUCAAUUGCCUCACCUCAUUGGCAAGAUAUUUUUAUUGAUGACUCCACUAUAACUCCAAGAUCCCUUUCAAAGUCCUUAA